GUGAUCUAAGCAAUGUGAGUGCACCUUUCUGCAUACACAUCGCUCAAGGAUAUUUCACUUGCUAACUUCAGCAUCUUUAUGACAGCUCCAAGUAGGAUAUUUCAUUCGGAAUGGCUACCCAGCUCUAGAUUUCACCAGUAGUAUUUCUUCCAGCAAGGUGUCUAUCAAUUUCAGAGGAUCAGAUGUGGGGUCAGAAAGGGCAAACAUGCAGCUGAGAUCUAAUGGUGGAGACGGUGUCCGACUUAGUGUUUCAAGCGCACCUAGCUGUGCGAGCAGUGGAUCUGCAGGUCCAGAUGAUAUAGAAUCAUUAGGUGAUCUUUAUGUAUGGGGAGCAGUUUGGUCUGACGGAUUUAUGCCGGAUGGGUCCGCAAGCUCAGUCCCGGUAAAAAUCGAUGUCCUAACUCCGAAGCCCUUAAAAUCAAAUGUAGUACUUGAUGUUCUUCAGAUAGCUUGCGGGUCAAGGCAUGUGGCUCUUUUAACAAAGCAAGGUGAAGUUUUCACUUUGGGUGAGGAACAUGGUGGGAGGCUCGGUCAUGGAACUGAAAAAGACUUGAGCCGUCCCCAGUUAGUCGAGUUCCUGGCGCUAACUAAUGUGGAAUUUGUUGCAUCUGGAGAGUGUCAUACAUGUGCUGUAUCCGCUUGUGGUGAUUUAUUCACCUGGGGUGAUGGUACUCAUAAUGCUGGAAUCCUCGGUCAUGGAACGGACGUGAGCCACUGGAUUCCGAAAAGAGUUUUGGGUACAUUAGAAGGUCUAAAAGUCUUAUCGAUUGCAUGUGGCACAUGGCAUUCAGCUCUGGCAACUUCGGACGGGAAGCUAUUUACAUUUGGUGAUGGAAAAUUCGGUGUUUUGGGCCAUGGAGAUCGAGAAAGUGUUACAUAUCUGAAGCAAGUUGAAAUGUUGAGUGGACUAAAGACUGUUAAAGUCGCCUGUGGUGUAUGGCAUACGGCAGCCAUUGUGGAGGUCAUGGGUCAGACCAGUGCUAACAUAUCAUCAAGAAAGUUGUUCACUUGGGUUGAUGGCGACAAACACCGGCUAGGUCAUGGAAGUAAGGAAACUUAUCUACUUCCGACCUUCGUCUCAUCACUAAUCGAUUACAAUUUCCAACAGCUAGCUUGCGGACAUACCAUUACUGUCGCACUUACUACAUCAGGGCAUGUCUUUACCAUGGGUGGUACUGCAUAUGGUCAACUAGGCAACCCAAGCUCCGAUGGAAAGCUACCAUGUCUGGUGCAAGAAAAACUGGUAGGUGAAUUUGUCGAAGAAAUUUCUUGUGGGGCAUAUCAUGUCGCCGUCUUGACAUCGAGAAGCGAAGUAUUCACUUGGGGAAGAGGUGCCAAUGGAAGAUUGGGACAUGGUGACAUAGAAGAUAGAAAAACUCCAACAUUGGUUGAAGCAUUGAGGGAUAAGCAUGUCAAGAAUAUAUCAUGUGGCUCGAAUUUCACUUCCAGUAUAUGCAUCCAUAAAUGGAUCUCUGGUAUUGACCAGUCAGUUUGCUCCGGCUGCUGGCAAGCGUUUGGCUUUACUAAAAAGAGACACAAUUGUUAUAACUGUGGGAUGGUGCAUUGCCAUGCUUGUAGUUCCAAGAAAGCACUGAAAGCGGCAUUGGCUCCGACACCGGGAAAACCGCACCGUGUUUGCGAUUCUUGCUAUGCAAAACUUAAAGCUGCAGAAGCUGGUAAUACUUCAAAUGUGAGUCGAAAACUGGUCGGCCCCCGCUCCUCCAUAGAUGGUAGGGAAAGAUCAUGUAGGAUCGACGUAAGGCCUUCUAGGAUCUUGCUAUAUCCCAGAAUGGAACCGGUCAAGUACUGCGAGAUCAGGUCAGGAAAACCCGGGGCCAAAUUCCACUCUACGUCUCUAGUCCGAGCUUCACAAGUUCCAUCACUUUUACAGGUUAAAGAUAUUGCAUUUCCAAGUUCACUCACUGCUAUUCAAAGUGUUUUCAAACCUUCUCCUCCACCAUCACCACCACAUCUUUCCCCCAUCAAUUCGAGAUCUUCUUCUCCGUACUCGAGUAGAUCAACCCCUCCAUGCUCUUCCACGACUCCAUUUUCGAAGAAUGUUAUCGAAAGCCUAAGGAAAUCAAAUGAACUUCUGAACCAAGAAGUGUCUAAAUUGCAAAAUCAAAUCAAAAGUAUGCAGCAGAAAUCUGAUUCACAAGACGGGGAGAUUCUGAAACUACAAAAGUUUUUUCAACAAUCCACUUCAUAUGCUGUAAAAGAAUCAUCCAAGUCUAAAGAAGCCAAGGCACUUGUGAAAUUCAUCACAGAUCAGUUGAUGGAAAUAAAAGAGAAGUUGCCUCCUGAAGUUUCUGAAAGCGAAAACUUUAAAGCUGUGCAAACUCGAGCCGAGGCCCUGGUAAACCGACUCGAAACAUCUGAAGCUUCUUCUCUGCCUUCAAGCUCAGAGUCUUCACCUAUGGAAGGUAACAUCGAUGCAUCGAGAUCAUCAGAGGCUUCAGCGGUUAGUGGUGGUGGAAAAGAAAUUACCGAGCAAUUCGAACCCGGAGUCUAUAUCACUUACACUUAUCACAGCAAUGGUGUAAAGAUCUUCAAACGAGUUAGAUUCAGCAAAAGGAAGUUCAUUGAACAACAGGCAGGAGAAUGGUGGAAGAAAAAUAAAGAUAGUGUGUUUAUGAGGUACAUGCCGACUGCAACAAAACCGGCUUCGGCUGUUUCAUCCCCUACUCCGCCGCCUGUUGCCGAUGAAACCGGUGAAACUGCACCUUCUCAAACUUAGUCAUUCGGCAAUGUAGACCAAUGGUAC